UUUUAUAAAUAAAUAAAAUAUAUAGACAUCGAUCAUAUAAAUUUAUUGAGGGCCACUCGUCGGAUGAGGAAAUUUUCCUCUUAGUUCAUUCAAAUCCACCAUGGCAAAAUCCUCAUCAAUAUUAUCUUCCCCCAUAACUCUCCUUAUUUCCUUCUUCAUAUCCCUGGCUACAGCCACCAAUUACUACAAAAGCUUAUCUCCAGCUUUGUUGGGUUUUCAAGAAGAGAAAUUCACCCACCUUCACUUCUAUUUCCACGACGUUAUGGAAGGCCCCAAAGCAAGCACAGUGAUAGUAGCCGAGCCCAACGGCAAGGCUGAAAACUCUCUUCCAUUCGGGACAGUGGUGGCCAUGGAUGAUCCGUUGACGAUUGGGCCUGAACUUGACUCGAAACUCGUGGGUAAAGCUCAAGGAAUUUACGCUGUAAUAUCACAAGAUGAGAUGGGACUAAUGAUGGUUAUGACUUGGGCGUUCUCAGAGGGAGAAUUUAAUGGAAGCACACUUAGUAUAUUGGCUAGGAACAUGAUCGUGAGUGAACCUAUUAGAGAAAUGCCUAUUGUUGGUGGAACUGGGGCUUUCAGAUUUGUUCGUGGUUAUGCUCAAGCCAAGUUUUACUCUGUGAGUUUUGCCACUGGAAAUGCUGUUGUGGAAUAUGAUGUAUUCGCGUUCCAUUAUUAAUUUACCAUUAGUUUGGGUAGAAUAAGAUUAAUAAUAUACUUUGUAGUCUAAUAAUUGAAUUCUUCCCGAAACUGUAUGAAUAAACAUGUAGUUUGUGAUUAAGUUUAAUUUAUAAAUAAACAUUUACUUUCUGGUUA